UGCACCAAGUUGGUAUGCCAACCGCCAAUAAAUGAAGAAGAAAAAAAGAAGUACUUUUCUUUUACUGUUCCACCGUUUCCACCCAUAUGGUUCCAGCACUCGUGUAUCUCAAGUCACGAGCAGGAAAAUUCACAUGCAGUCCACCACGGGAGAAGAUGCAUAAAUGUUGGUUUACGACAUUUUUCGGAUAUAAACACGAUCCCACGUCUAUCAGCCACAAACAGCAAAUCAGCAGACUUGACGGAGCAACGAACUUGUUGGACGAAGGCAAUUUUACACUUUGGAAGGGAUCAUCUUUGUUCUACCAGCAACAUGGAUCUCGGCCUUCCAUUUAGUUCUGGCUGUGCUGAAACACACCAGGUUGACCUGAGAAUUGUAGUAAAAGAAGAAGACAUAAAAGAGGAGGAACAUGAUCAUAUGAUUACAUUUCAACAUGAUGAGGAAAAGCCCGUUGCAGAGCUUAACUGUAAAACUGAAACAGACGUCAUAGAGUCACCAAGGUCGACUUACAAUGAAACAGUGAAGACUGAAAAAGAAGAAGAGGAGAAGGAGCAACAAUGUGACUGGCUGCUUGAAAACCCUGUGUCUCUGGCCCAGAUGAAGAGGGUAUCAGUGGUGCUGGUGGACUGCUGUAGAACACAAGGACAGCGAGGGAAGGAGGAGGAGAUGCAGACGCAGACCAACAGAGAUGCACAUCACAUCGAGACCAGUGUAUCAGAACACCCACAUGCAACGCAACAGAAGAUCCAUGGACAGAAUGAUGAACUCAACCUGCAACUCAAAGGAAGGCUGCACCACUGCACAGUCUGCAGGACGAGUUUCACGACCCUCACUAAACUUGAGAAACACCAGCAAACACACUCUCCUGGUGUUAAUCAAUGGCAGAGUAUUGGCAAAAGGCGAUAUAAAUGUGCAUCAGACCACUUAUAUGUAACACAACAGAGGAUCCAUGGACAGAAUGAUGAACUCAACCUGCAACUCAAAGGAAGACUGCACCACUGCACUGUCUGCAGGAAGAGCUUCACAACACUUCCUGAGCUCAAGAAACACCAGCAAAUACAUUCUCUUGGUGUUUAUCAAAGGCAAAGAACUGGCAAAAGGCGACAUAAAUGGGUCCAGUGUGGAAAAGCUUUUUCACAAGUUUCAAAACUGAAAACCCACAUGCUCAUACAUACAGAGAAGAGUCAUAAAUGUGUCCAGUGUGGAAAAGCUUUUACACAAAGUUCAGAUCUUAAAAACCAUACACUAAUCCACACUGGAGAGAAGCCUCAUGAAUGUGCCCAGUGUGGAAAAUCUUUUACACAGCUCUCAAAUCUUACACGUCACAUGCUGAUACAUACUGGAGAGAAGCGCCAUAAAUGUGCCCAGUGUGGAAAAGCUUUUUCACAAAGUUCAGAUCUUAAAAGCCACAUGCUAAUACACACUGGAGAGAAACCUCAUGAAUGUGCCCAGUGUGGAAAAGCUUUUACACAACUCUCAAAUCUUAAGCACCACAUGCGUAUACACACUGGAGAGAAGCCUCACGUAUGUUCCCAGUGUGGAAAAGCCUUUACACAACUCUCAAUUAUUAAACGUCACAUGCUGAUGAUACAUACUGCAGAGAAGCGUCAUAAAUGUAUCCAGUGUGGAAAAGCUUUUUCACAAAGUUCAGCUCUUAAAAGCCACACACUAAAACACACUGGAGAGAAGCCUCAUGAAUGUGCCCAGUGUGGAAAAGCUUUUUUACACAUUUCACAUCUUAAAAGCCAUUUACUAAUCCACACUGGAGAAAAACCUCACGUAUGUUCCCAGUGUGAAAAAGCCUUUACACAACUCUCAAUUCUUAAACGUCACAUGCUGAUACAUACUGGAGAGAAGCAUCAUAAAUGUAUCCAGUGUGGAAAAGCUUUUUCACAAAGUUCAAAUCUUAAAAGCCACAUGCUAAUACACACUGGAGAGAAACCUCACGUAUGUUCCCAGUGUGAAAAAGCCUUUACACAACUCUCAAAUCUUAAGCACCACAUGCUUAUACACACUGGAGAGAAGCCUCAUAAAUGUACCCAGUGUGGAAUAAGUUUUUCACGAAGAUCAGCUCUUAAAAGCCAUUUACUAAUCCACACUGGAGAAAAACCUCACAUAUGUUCCCAGUGUGGAAAAGCCUUUACACGACUCUCAAUUCUUAAACGCCACAUGUUCAUACAUACUGGAGAGAAGUGUCAUAAAUGAACCCAGUGUGGAAUAGGUUUUUCACGAAGAUCAGCUCUUAAAAGCCAUACACUAAAACACACUGGAGAUAAGCCUCAUUAAUGUGCCCUGUGUGGAAAAGCUUUUACAUACAAUACCCUCCAGAAUUAUUGGCACCUCUGCUAACGUUGACUAAAA